AUGCCCAAGAAAUACCAGCAAAAGUCCCUCCAGAUCAAGCCGCAGUCAAGCAGUCCACACACUCUUGCACUCUCCAGUUCUUCAUCAACAUCGUCCCACCAAGACCCUGCGCAGCGCACGGUUAAUGAUCUGAUUCGGGACUCCCGCCGUCAGCAACUUCGCAAUGAACAGCAGAGGUCGUUGCCGGUGGCAGUAGCCACAGCCACCUCGGGAUCAGUUCCGCCAUCGGUAAGAGCAGUCCUGGACCUCCCACCACCGCCACCACCGCCCGAACCACGAGCAGGCAGAAUCCAUGCUGGAGGGUCAAUACCUGCCCCCGGCCAUUCUGGCCCAGCUCGUCUGCGUCGAAUACCCGGUCCGCCUCCGCCUCGAUCGUGGUUGACGCACAGUAUCUAUGCCCCAGCGAAGUAUAAAAGAGGAAGCAGUGGUGAACAUGAAAAUGACGGUCGUCGCUUGCAGGUUCGAUCGAGCAUUCUACCGGCAGGAUCAUUCCCGCCUGAGAAAUCGUUGCAACAUCUCGCCCUCAAGAACAUCGCGAGCAAUUGGGCAUGGCACGUAGAGUAUGAACGUGAAUACUUGGGGAAUCUGCCCUCGAGUCUGAAGGAGACGCUACUGAGCUACCUUGCAAUAUACAAUGAGGUGGGAUCUCCCAGCCUCAAUCCAUUGAGGGUCUUGUUUUUAGAUGGAGAUCACCAGAUCCAAGAGGAUCGAGGUGAGGUGCAGCGGUUGGAUUGCGGCAAUGGAAUUGGGCUUUGGACGAGCUUGAAAGGUCUCGAGAAAGAAUUAUUUACCAAAACUACGCCUAAGAGAGCGUCUGGGUCAUCUGAACUGAGCACGACGGUGUCGGCAACACCUGACACUUGGGAUGCUGACGAUGAUAGUGACGACUUGCCUAAAACUAGUCCUGCGGUGGUUCCACGGGUCAUCCACACUUUCCAGAACCUGAAGCACUUGUCGCUUUCGAUAUCUCCUGGCAAUACUCAAGCAGCUUCCUGGACAACCUUGCUCGCAGUCACAGCAGAAUUAGGUACGCUGUCAUCCUUGUCCCUGGCAUAUUGGCCUCAACCGACAUUUACGCCCAACGCCGCCUCUACACGUGCCGUUGUUCACGUACCGGGUGCUAGACCUGUUGUGUAUGGUGGCACAAACAUGUAUACCUCUCUGGACAAUGACUGGCGAGAGGCGGCGGGCAUCUUGCGUUCUCUGAGUCGAGCUCUGUACUGUUUGACAUGGCUUGAUUUGACGGGCUGUGGAGACUGGUGGGAGGCGCUCCUUUGGACGUCACCAACUUCAGGCGAACCCUCCGAAAAUAUUGGAGCGGAAUGGAAUGGUGGCUGGAGGGGUGUUGAGAAAUUGGUUCUCCAUCCAGGCUGGAGGCCAAUUCCACCACCACCGGCUCCUUUAUUUCACGUUGUGAGCGAUGCCAACGAGCCCAGCUGGGACAUUGAGUAUGAGCAAUUGUUGUAUCGCUUCCGGAAAGAGGAAGAACGCCUGGCGGAAAUGCUGGACACUGCGAAAAGUGUGGAGGCCCAUCUUCGGACAGUGAGGAAAUCGUCAGGUGGAAGAUGGAUUAAUGUCGACCCGGGGGCUGAUCUAUCCUGCUGA